AUGAAGGCCAUUGACUGCAAUCAUGCCAUGGAAAGUGGACUGGCUGGAAGUGGGCUCCUAGGACUUCACACAGAUUGUAGAACUUACUUGGAGGAAGCUAUUGCAAAUGAUGAAAAAGGGGCUCCCAAGAUUGUUUCUACCUUUCAGCUGCUCAGGAGAAAGUCAAACAAGGAGGCCAGGUCAAAGCAUGGGCCGGCAGAAGCCUUUCCUGACUAUCGGCAGGAAGCUGACAAAACUCCAGGUGAAAUCUAUGGGAAAACUGCUUUGGCUUUUAGGAUCUUAGAAUGGGAUAUGAAAGGAAUUAACAGCAUCCAAGGUGAGGCCUCUCCAGGUUUGAGCCGGGAAGUGUCCGCGGAGCCCGGGCCGAGUCGUAAUCGCAGCGCCUGGGGGACCGUGGCCGGGACGGGGUGCGGCGCCCGCAGGAGCCCGUGGAGGUGCGCACGCUGCGGGAUCCAAGGUCUGCUCGCAGCGUCCGGGGAGCUGAGUGUGUUUGGGAGCGUGACCCGCCCACCCCACAUCCCCCACCCCGGGGGGCCCGGGCAGAUUGUUUUUAAACCAUGCGUUCAGUGUGGUGACUUCCCUCAUCUGUUAGUGUAUGGACCAUCAGGUGCUGGAAAAAAAACAAGAAUUAUGUGUAUUCUACGUGAACUUUAUGGUGUUGGAGUAGAAAAAUUGAGGAUUGAACAUCAGACCAUCACAACACCAUCUAAAAAGAAAAUUGAAAUCAGCACUAUUGCAAGUAAUUACCACCUUGAAGUUAAUCCCAGUGAUGCUGGAAAUAGUGACCGGGUAGUAAUUCAGGAGAUGUUGAAAACAGUGGCCCAGUCGCAGCAGCUUGAAACAAACACUCAAAGAGAUUUUAAAGUGGUGUUAUUGACAGAAGUUGACAAACUUACCAGAGAUGCUCAACAUGCCUUGAGGAGAACCAUGGAAAAGUACAUGUCCACCUGCAGAUUGAUCUUGUGUUGCAAUUCUACAUCCAAAGUCAUACCACCUAUUCGUAGUCGGUGUCUGGCAGUUCGUGUGCCUGCACCUAGCAUCGAAGAUAUUUGCCUUGUGUUAACAACUGUGUGCAAAAAGGAAGGUCUGACUCUUCCGCCACAGCUGGCUCACAGACUGGCAGAAAAGUCCUGCAGAAACCUCAGGAAAGCCCUGCUUAUGUGUGAAGCCUGUAGGGUACAACAAUAUCCUUUUACUGAAGAUCAAGAAAUCCCUGAAACAGACUGGGAGGUUUAUCUGAGAGAGACUGCAAAUGCUAUUGUCAGUCAGCAGACACCACAAAGGCUCCUUGAAGUUCGUGGAAGGCUUUAUGAGCUUCUAACUCAUUGUAUUCCUCCUGAGAUAAUAAUGAAGGGCCUUCUCUUGGAACUUUUACAUAAUUGUGAUGGACAGCUGAAAGGGGAAGUGGCCCAAAUGGCAGCUUACUAUGAACACCGUCUGCAGCUGGGGAGCAAGGCCAUUUAUCACCUGGAAGCCUUUGUAGCCAAGUUUAUGGCACUUUAUAAGAAGUUCAUGGAGGAUGGAUUGGAAGGCAUGAUGUUCUGACUUGAAGCAGUAAUUCUUUGAACUGUUUCUCAGAAUCAGCAUUUACAGAUGAUUUGUAUUAGGAGAGCUAAGGGUAAAAUUAAUAAACCUUACUUCACUAUGCCUUA